AUGUGGUGCGUCUCCAUAUUUGUCACGGUCCGAGAGCCAGGUCGUGACAGGAUCUACACGAUGCAGACCACACAGACCACCAACAGGAUGCAGACCACACAGACCACCAACAGGAUGGAGUCGGAGAGGAUUAGCUGUGAAGCUCACAUUGUGCGGCCUGACUAUGUAGGCGACCAGCUGAUCCCAGAAUGGCCAGACUACAUAGAGAUCAAAGACCAAGAGCAGAUCCAAGGCCUUGCCAGAGCAUGUCAGCUAGCCAGACAUGUACUGGUGCUAGCUGGACGCAGUCUGAAGGUAGGUAUGACCACAGAGGAAAUAGACUUUAUCGUGCACCAGGAGACAAUCAAGCAAAGCAUACCCCUCCCCCCUCAGGUCGGGGGCUUCCCCAAGUCAGUGUGUACGUCUGUGAACAACGUGGUCUGCCAUGGCAUACCUGACAGGUAAAUGGGCAGAACAUUCACUCAUUAUUUAGAUGGGGGGGGGGGGGGGGGGGGGGGGGGGGUGUCGAAUCUUUUCAUGCCAUGGGCUACAUGGAGAAAAAGUUUUGUCCUGAACCACGAGCCUCUUAAUUUGACAGACUAUCAUGACUACUGAGUUUUAAGCACUUUGUGCUGUACACAAUUGUAUUUUAAUGCAGUAGGAUGUUCUAAUGAAAGCCUUUAUUUAGAU